AUGGUUGCAUGCAGAGAGAUCUUAUGCGUUGAAAGUGAGGGAGAGACACUGUUGAAGUUGAAGCGUCAUCUCAAAGAUCCUUCAAAUAGGCUCUCUUCUUGGAAUGCAUCUGCCAUUUCCCGUUGUUGCCACUGGUCUGGUGUUCUCUGCAGCAACAUCACUGCCCACGUCAAAGAGCUUCACCUCCGCACUUCAUUUCCUGAUUUCGAAGGUGAUUAUGAAUUCCAUGUAGAAGCUUUCGAAGAAGCUUACAAAGAGUAUACUAGAUCUCGAUUUGGUGGAGAGAUAAAUCCUUGUUUGGUUGAUUUGAAGCAUUUGAAUUACUUGGACUUGAGCGGCAAUGAUUUUGAAAGUAUGCCAAUUCCUUCUUUCCUUCCAACAAUGACUUCCUUGACUCAUCUCAACCUUUCUGAUGCUGGAUUCAUGGGCAACAUUCCUCCUCAGAUUGGGAAUCUCUCCAAUUUGCUCUAUCUUGACCUCAGUAGUAAUUCUCUGUUCUCCGAAAAUGUUGACUGGCUAUCAAGACUUUCAAAGCUUCGAUAUCUUGAUUUGAGCAACAAUGAAUUACUUGGAGCAGGUACGCCCAUUCCUACUUUCCUUGGGACAUUGACCUCCUUAACUCACGUAGACCUCUCAUCGGCUGGAUUCAUGGGGCCGAUUCCUCCUCAAAUUGGGAAUCUCUCCAACUUGGUAUAUCUUGAUCUGAGUUAUGUAGCCAAUGGAACAAUUCCCUCUCAGAUUGCAAAUCUCUCCAAUUUGCUCUACCUUGAUCUCAGUGGUGAUCUGUAUGCUGAAAACAUUGAUUGGCUAUCGAGUCUUUCAAAGCUUGAAUAUCUUGACUUGGGAGGUACAAAUCUAUCCCCAUCAUUCCAUUUCUUUCACAUUCUCCAAACUCUUCCUUCUUUGAUGCACCUUCAUUUGUCACUAUGUACACUCCCUCUCUAUAAUCAACCAUCGUUACUUAACUCCUCGUCUCUCCUCACUCUUGAUCUUUCCGGUAUUUCCUUUUCUUCUCCAAUUUCUUUUGUCCCGAAGUGGGUGUUUGGACUGAAGAAACUUGUUUCUCUUGAUUUAAGAUAUAACUUCUUCAAAGGUUCCAUUCCUGAUGGUAUUCGAAACCUCACACUUCUUGAAAAUCUUCAUUUGUCUGGAAAUUCAUUCUCAUCUUCUAUACCAGAUUGGUUUUACGGUAGUUUUCGUCAUCUCACGUAUUUGGACCUAUCAUAUAACAACUUACAGGGGACUAUUUCUGAUGCCUUGGGAAAUAUGACUUCUCUGGUUACACUUCAUUUGUCAGGCAAUCAAUUUGAUGGACCAAUUCCAACUUCUUUUGGUAAUUUGUGCAACUUAAGGGAGAUAUAUUUCUCAAAUCUCAAACUCAACCAAAAGGUUAAUGAAAUUUUAGAAAUUCUUUCUCCUUGUAUUUCCCAUGGACUCACAACACUUGAAGUUCGGAGUUCUCAACUUUCAGGCAAUCUGACAAAUAAACUUGGAGAUUUUAAAAAUAUUGACACUCUAGAUUUUUAUGGCAACAAAAUUGGUGGCGACCUUCCAAGAUCACUGGCAAAACUUUUAUCAUUGACAUUUCUUAUACUGUCCGAAAAUCAAUUUAGCGGAAAUCCAUUUGAAAGUCUUGGAUCACUCUCUAAAUUGUCAUAUCUUUACAUUGAUCACAAUCGUUUUCAAGGAGUCGUCAAGGAAGAUCAUUUCGCAAAUCUUACCCGCCUGAAGUCGUUUUAUGCAUCAGGAAACAAUUUGACUUUAAAAGUGGGUCCCAGUUGGCAUCCUACUCUUCAGCUUUUCUAUUUGGAUAUGAGCUGCUGGCAGUUAGGUCCCAACUUUCCAUCAUGGAUUCACUCACAAAACAAACUUCUUUCCAUAUCAAUGUCUAACACAGGGAUUUCAGAUUCUAUUCCCAGCUGGUUUUGGAAAACAUUUUCUCAAGCUGAGUAUCUAAACCUCUCUUAUAAUCAUAUCCAUGGUGAGCUUUGGACUACAUUAACGAAUCCAAUAUCAAUCAAUGUUGUCGAUCUUAGUGCGAAUAACUUAAAUGGAAAAUUGCCCUCUCUUUCAAAUGUUGUGGGUUGGUUAGAUCUUUCUAACAAUUUAUUCUCCAAAUCCAUGGCUGAUUUUUUGUGUCAAAAUCAGGACAAGCCAAUGGGAUUGGAAUUUCUGAAUCUUGCUUCAAAUAAUUUAUCAGGAGAAAUACCUGAUUGUUGGAUGCAUUGGCCAUAUCUAGUGGAAGUAAAUUUACAAAGCAACAAUUUUGUUGGGAACUUACCCUCCUCCAUGGGUUCGUUGGCAGAGCUACAGUCUUUACACAUCCGUAACAACUCCCUCUCGGGAACCUUUCCUACCAUUUUGAAGAAGACCACUCAACUGAUUUUCUUGGAUCUCGGAGAAAAUAAAUUUUCAGGAAGAAUUCCAUCUUGGGUUGGAGAAAGUGCUUCAAAUAUGAAAGUUCUUAUCCUUCGAUCAAAUAAUUUUUUUGGUCAUAUUCCUAAUACAAUAUGUGAUAUGCGUCUUCUUCAGAUUUUAGACCUUGCACAAAACAAUUUGUCUGGAAAUAUUCCAACUUGUUUCAAUCGCUUGAAUGCCAUCACUUUGACGAACAAAAGUUCAUAUCCUCUUAUUUAUUGUGACACAGUAAACAAUGCAUAUUUGAAUGGGCAAUUGCGUAUAAUUAGUGUGCUCCUUUGGCUGAAAGGAAGAGGAGACGAGUACAAGAACUUUUUGGGUUUGGUAACAAGCAUUGAUCUAUCAAAUAACCAAUUAGUAGGAGAAAUACCAAGACAAAUCACAGAUUUAGAUGGACUGAUAUUUUUGAACUUAUCCCACAACCAACUAAUUGGUCAUAUUCCAGGAAGCAUUGACAAUAUGCGAUCAUUAUUGUCCAUCGAUUUCUCAAGGAAUCAACUUUCUGGUGAAAUCCCUUUUACCAUGUCAAGUCUGAGCUUUCUGAGCAUGCUAGACUUGUCAUAUAAUCAUUUGAAGGGAAAAAUUCCAACAGGAACUCAAUUGCAAAGCUUUGAUGCCUCCAACUUCAUUGGCAACGAUCUCUGCGGCCUACCACUGGCCAUCAAUUGCAGCUCCAAUAAUGGAAUUGAUAGUUUUGAUGACAAUGGCAAAGGGAAUGAUAGUCAUGGAGUGAACUGGUUUUUUGUCAGUAUGGCAUUUGGAUUUGUCGUGGGAUUUUGGGCAGUGAUUGGUCCUUUGUUUAUUUGUAGAUCAUGGCGUUAUGCCUAUUUUCAUUUCCUUGAUUAUGUGUGGUUCAAACUUCAAUCUUUUUUCUUCUGA